AUGUCUUCUGCCAUCAAGAACGUCAAGUCUCUCGCUCCUCUGCUCGACCGAAUUCUCGUCCAGCGAAUCAAGGCUGCUUCCCAGACCGCCUCUGGAAUCUACAUUCCCGAGAAGAACGUUGAGAAGCUCAACGAGGCCAACGUCCUCGCUGUCGGCCCCGGUGCCCCCAACAUGAAGGGCGACAUUGUCCCUCCCUCCGUCAAGGCUGGUGACAAGGUCCUGAUCCCUCCUUUCGGUGGAUCUUCCAUCAAGAUUGGUGAUGAGGACUACCUCCUCUUCCGAGAUGCUGAGAUUCUCGCCAAGAUCAACGAGUAA